GAACCGCCAACCUCCCUUCGCCUCCAUCGCAAAAACCACCACCACUCCUUCCCCUUCACGCCUCGCAACGCAUCUGCACUUCGUCUUCCUCCUCCUGCCAAAUCGCAGUUCCUCCACUUCCCAAAUCGCGCCGCAGCAACACCGCGAGCACUGCCCCUAGGGGGAAGCAAAGCAAAGCAAAUCAUCGUCGAGAGAGAAGAACAGGAACAGAGACCCGGCCCUUCGUUCGUUUCAGUCCGGAACUGGCGAGAUCAUUAAUGGACGCCGCCGCGCUACAGGCCUCGUCGUCCCCUUCGUCCCCUUCGUCCCCGUCGAAGCUGCGCGACAAGCUGCGGACCACGGUGUGCUGCUGCUUCGGCGCGGGCGGCGGCGGAGCGGAGAGGACGAGGUGGCGGCGGCGGGGCGCGGCGGCGGGCGAGUUCCGGUACGACGCGCUCAGCUACGCGCUCAACUUCGACGAGGGCGAGGACGACGACGCGUACGCGGACCCCGCCGCGGCGUUCCGGUACAGGAACUUCAACGCGCGCCUCCCGCCCUCGCCGGCCGCCGCCGCCGCGGUGGGGACACAGCGGCCGCGGGCCACGGCCAUCGCCAUCGCCUAGAGUUAAGAUCGCGCUCCGUGAUGGCACUUUUUUUUUUCCUACUGAUGGAGCGAGCGACACUCAGUUCUUCUAUUCAGCGAGUUACUACUAGUGAAUUAUCCUGAUAUAAAUAUAGUGUUACUCUUGUAAUCCUAGCAGCAUUCCAAUGUGUUUAGUACAAAUUGGAAGUGGCGGUAAUGAACCCUAGAAAUUGGGAGGGAGCUUUGAUUCCACAAAGAAAUAUAUCUCCGCUUGUUCUGCCUCGUCAA